UCCCCUUCAGGAACAGAGCAGUGUGUCGACCACUGUCUGACAGCCAAACAGGAAAGGUUAAGAUAAGAUAAAAUAGACUUUAUUAAUCCCAAACUGGGGAAAGUCAUUUGUUACAGGCACAGUUUACAAUCCUCAUAGCAAACCACACGGUGCCAUGGCAACAGAGCAAACAAUGUCUAGUUGUCCCAAAUAUCGUGUGAAAUUAACUCGUUAUCGCGAGAACACGGCGAAGAUACAUUAUGAGUAUACAUGAACAAGGAAAAUGCAGCGUGCUGCACUUUUCUGGUUCUUUGGUCCUUCCAGCGAACCGUACCGGACACCAAGCAGCGUGACCGCGUAGGGGCGGUGCCACAGCUUUCUUAUGUGCGUUUGUUGUAUGAGUAGCUCCAGUGGACCGUGUGUCUGAGCUGAACUCUUUAAAAUGAGCUCUACUGACAUGAAGAUCAUUACUGUGAUCGGCAGCGGGUUGAUAGGCCGCUCCUGGGCUAUGUUGUUUGUCAGUGGAGGCUACACUGUGAAGAUCUAUGACAACCAACCAGGACUGGCUGCCAAGGCCAUCACAGAAAUCAGGAAACAGAUGGAGGAGCUGGAGGAAGCUCACAUGCUGAGAGGUGAGCUGAGUGCCACACAGCAGCUCGACCUGCUCAGCAGUUACGAUGAUCUGGCUCAGGCACUGGAGGGAGCCUUUUUUGUCCAGGAAUGUGUAUUUGAGAACCUUGAGGUCAAACAGAGCAUUUUCCAGGACAUAGAGGGUCAUGUGGGAAAAGGCGUCAUCCUGAGCAGCUCCACUUCCUGUCUGGUGCCGAGCAACGUCUUCUCUAAAGUACAGAACCGGAGUCGCUGCCUCGUCUCCCAUCCGGUAAACCCACCCUACUAUGUCAAACUGGUGGAGCUGGUACCUCACCCAGAGACAUCAGCAGCAGUUAUGGACACCACCCAUGCCCUAAUGACUAAGGUUGGCCAGGCGCCCGUCUGUCUGAAGAAAGAGAUCGAUGGUUUUGCUCUCAACAGAGUGCAGGCGGCCAUUAUCGCAGAGUCCUGGAGGCUGGUCCAGGAUGGCGUUAUCUCUGUGAAGGACAUCGACCUGGUGAUGUCAGAGGGGCUAGGAAUGCGUUACGCCUUCAUAGGUCCCAUGGAAACGAUGCACCUCAAUGCGCCAGAAGGUUUGGAAGACUAUAUGAAACGGUAUGGACAGGGCUUUAUGAGGGUCAUGAACUCCUUUGGGCCUGUACCAGACUUCUUCAGUGAGGGAGCAAAGAGCAUCAUUAAUGAGAUGUGUGAGCUGAUUCCCAGCAACCGGGAGCAUCUGUCAGCCAGGAUAGAGAGGAGGGACCGGCUCCUCAGGGGUCUGGCCAAGCUGAAGAAGGAUUCUGACUGCUGACAGAGAAUGGCAAUCUUAAAACAUUUCAUUAUAAUUAGUAUGAUCAUGAUUACAUGUCAAAUAAUAAAUAUGAUGAUGAGGAAUGCUGAAAAAUUCUGUCAUUUUCUCUGUGAUAAUGAAUAUAUGUGCUCUUAAAGUGCCUUUUUGGAUAGUUACAGAACUACCAACAUUACAAAAUAUUACGUUUCCAAACAUUUUUUUCAAAUCUGCAGUAUAUUUUGUCUUUUGUCUGUAACUUAAUCUCAAGAUUGUGUACACCGCACACGUAAUUGAAAGGUUGAAUUCAAAAGGUGCUACAUUCCACCUAAUGGUCUCAUGUGAAAUAUGGCUGUAUGGAAAUGAUCUUUUGAUCAAUAAAAGUGAUGGAAUCAUAAA